AGACGGGUGUAGAUGAAACGGAAAGAGAAAACUCUGAUCCAUUCAAAAUGCCGAAAUCCAAACAGAAAUCGAACAAAAGUUCGGAAUCAGAAGUCAGCAGUUCACAGGCAUCCUCAUCACAAGCAGCAUCCCAAUACAGUCAGGCUGAUGUUGAUCGGCGGGUCAGUGAUUUGGUGAAGUUUUUACUUAUCAUGGAUCAGAAGAAGCUGCCUAUAAAGAAACAAGAUAUCAACAAACAUGUUCUGAAGGAGCUAAGUCGAGCUGGCCCUGUUGUACUGGACAAAGCGAAGUUUCUAUUACGGGAUGUGUUCGGGAUUGAGCUGGUGGAGUUGGAAGACAAACAGAAGGGAAAUUACAUUUUGGUGAAUUCCUUAGAAACAGACGCAACAAAUCCUCACCUGCAGUGGCCUGGAGAAGAUAACGCAAAAUUUGGCCUUAUUAUUGUGAUCCUCAGUCUCAUCUUCAUGAAUGGAAAUGUAAUCUCUGACGGAGAAAUGUGGCAUGGGCUGAAAAGAUUGGGUGUGGAACCAGAGGUAUCGCACACAGUGUUUGGAGACAUUAAGAAACUAGUGACAUCCGAAUUCGUCAAACAGGGCUACAUUGAGUAUAACAAGAGACCUAACAGUGACCCGCCUGUGUAUGACUUUAAGUGGGGGUGGCGUGCCCGUGAAGAGACAUCCAAGAAACAUGUGCUGGACUUCGUCAGCCAGGUGUACAGCAUGGAUCCGAAACAGUGGACAUCACAAUGGCAGGAUGUGGUUCAGACAGAAGGGAUAGAGGAUGAGGUGUGAAACAAAGAAUUCUCCGAUCUCCAGUCUCCAGUUAGGGUUUUUUUUUUCACUAAAACUUUGAAGGUGUUUGUUUGGUGCAGACUCAUUCAGAUGGUGCUCUAGGUUGCACGCAUGUAACAAUUCCUGUCGAAGAGGUGGUGACAAUAAAGUUUUGUAACAUGUUACAUGCAGAUGUGAACAUUACAGUGUCUGUACCUGUGAAGGUCUUGCAGCAACCUGUGGAUGAUCGUAGGUUUCCCCCAGGCUCUGCCCGGUUUCCUCCCACCAAAUGCAGGCCGCUGUCGUAUAAGUGAAAUAUUCUUUCAAUGUCAAGAUUAACAAGGCGAUACUGAUUCUGAGGUCCAAGGCAUCCUGAGUUCUGAAUUGUACAGAGUCCUGACGAGGAAAUUGUAGGAGGGUUUGUCUAAGACAAGGUUUGACAAAAGUGUGACUGGCAAAAGGGGAAAGAAGCCUUGACAAAAUACAGUGUACUAUGAUUGCCGUUAGUGUACUGUCUUGUCUAUUGAUACAUGCACGACAAAGGAUGUGAAAGGGAUUUGAAUAUCUGGGUGCUGAUGGUGACAUAAGCUAAACUAUAGCCUUGCAUCAUCCAAAUCUUGCCGGAAUUCUGCAUGUGAAAACGUCCUCUUUUAAAGUUUAUAAGACAUCCGAAGUGUAAGGAUCAUGGAAAGUUGUUGUUUCGUGGUAAUGGAUUAGCACAUGCCAAUCAUGUCAGUUUAUUAGAUUAGCAGGCGGAACUUACAGAUUAAUAACUCGCUGGUAUAUCCCACAAGCUGUUAUUAUAUUGUGUGUCGGCCAAUAGACAAGCAAAUCUUCGCAGCCACGGUCAUAAAAAAAAAGAUGUUUCAGAGAUUCUUGGUAAUGGCGCUGUGUCCAUUCAAAUCACCAAUCUACAUACUGAAGUUUUGAUGGAUUUUGCCCAUAUUGUGGAUGAUUCCGACAAACUACUGGCUGUGUGAGACUCACAGGACACGGUACAAAGGAGCACAACGGAGAAGUGAUUUAUUUCUAAAAUCGAUAAAACAUUGUUUCUGACCUUGCAUGUCCUUCUUAAACAGUACACAUGCAGUACUUGUAGGAUCAAUACGACGGCCUGUGGGUUCUGGCUGCGACGAACAGCUAUGUAUCAAGCAGCUCGAUUAUCCGGUGGGUUGGUCGGUUGGCUGAUUGGUAAAAUGUGACGUCCUGUAUUUUUUGUAAACACUGUGUGGAAUACGAGACAAAGCCCUACCUCGUCUGGGCAAUAUGGUUAUGGAUGGUCUCGCACACAGGGCAGUAAAUCUGUCGAUACAUAUUGUAUCUCAGAUAUACUUUGUAUCUCCUACAAAUAUAUGUACACUUUAUAUCUACAAAGUGUAUCUAGACAACGAGCUGAUUCAUUGUCAUCAUAUAUUGUGACAAAACAUUUUUUUAUCGUUGAGGUGGUUUGAUAAGAGUGACAUUUGUAUUUUUAUAUUAGGUGUGUCAAAUGUUCAUCAGUUCAUCUUUGUUAUUAAAUACAAGCACUAUGUCUAAAUUGUUUCUUCAUUGUUUUGUAAAAUCUAUGUGGACUGAAUUGUGCAGUGUUGAUUAACAUGUGCAAUUUCUAUUUAUCACACGUUUCCUACCUAAACUCAGCUGUUAUAAUCAAUGUACAGUUUCUUGUGCUAAUAAAACAGAUAAAAUUAUUAAC